AGAGAACAAGGAAUCACGAAAAGAAGGGACGGGGCCGAUCAUGGGGGAUCCCGACACUGGCUCAGGUGCGAAUGGAACGAAGAGGGAACUUGUCCAGAGCAUCUUUCCACAGAAGAAGAUCUUAUUUCAUUCCUGGUUUCAGCUCCUGCUUCUGUUUUGUGUUUUGGCCUUAGGCUUGUGUUACACCCUGUCCAGCCGCUCGCUGUCACUAUGGCAGAGCUUCCCACUGCAGGAACAAUACCAGUGGUUUUUAAACCAGAACAGUAGGGUUAAUGCACCUGCUUAUCGCAUUCACCCCAAACACAAAGUUAUAUUAAAUGACAUUAACAAAACCACUGAACCUUCGACUGUGCGAUCUACCUCCCUUCAGUACCACCAAGCCUAUCCACGCAACUACCAUUUUCUUAUGGAUAACACAGAGGUUUGCAAGAACAAGAUCCCAUUCCUGGUCCUCAUGGUUCCAGUGGCACCAAAAACUGUGGCAGCUCGGGACGCGAUCCGCCAGACAUGGGGCAAAGAAAACAUAGUUCAGGGUGAGCUGGUACUCACUUUAUUUAUGUUGGGUGUCUCUAGAGAAGAUGAUGUUGAGAAGCUCGAACAGGAAAAUUUGCAGCACCAUGACCUGAUCCAGAGUGACUUCAUAGACAGUUAUCUAAACCUAACAAUCAAAACCAUGGUGAUCAUGGACUGGCUAAGUACACACUGCCCUGCAGCAGCCUAUGCCAUGAAGAUUGACUCUGACAUGUUUCUGAAUGUUGACAAUCUAGUAAUCAUGCUAAAACAGCCGGGCAUCCCCAAGACAAACUACCUGACAGGGAUGCUUAUGUGGAACAGACCAGUCAUUCGUUCCAAGAACUCCAAGUGGUAUGUGCCUGAGGAAUUGUAUCCAGAGCCUAAAUACCCAACCUACACACUGGGUAUGGGAUAUGUCUUUUCCAAUGAUCUUCCAAAGAAAUAUGUGGAAAUCUCAAAGUCAGUCAAACCCUUUAACAUUGAGGAUGCUUAUAUUGGGAUGUGCAUGAAAAAGCUUGGACUUGCCCCCACAGCACCACCAAAACCCUCCCAGUUCAAGGCCUAUAACUCUGCAUAUAAUCGCUGUGAAUUCUCCCAGGUCAUCACAUACAUUCUUGGUUCUUCUAAACAGCUGCUGGAUUAUUGGACAGACCUGAAAAAGCCUGGGCCACCUUGUCCUUAACACCUUAGCUUUAUGCUAGAGUUUUAACGUAUUUAUAGAUUGUUAUACAGUACUGAAGUUAUUUAUUUUUUUAAAUGUGAUUUAGGGUUACUUGU